AUGGCUUCGAUGGGCCAUAAAAAGCUUUCCGGGGCGCAAAAUCGUGCUAAGGCAAAGAAAAAAGAGGAUGAAGUUAACAAAAAUAAACGUACGCUAAGAGAUUUAGGGUUUUUUACUGAAACAGGUACAACCAGAUCGUCCACUUGCACAUCCAGCAGUCAUGAGGAUCCCCUCGAACGGUCUAGAGAUCAGGUAUCGGAGGAAUCAAUUCAAGAUUCAGCUCAAUUAUUGCAGCCGGUUGCCUCGAAAGGCUCUGACGAAAGUUGUGAAAGUGAGGUCACGUUAGAUUCUGACAAUGAUGACAAAACUAUUUCUGACGCACUUCAAGCAGAGAGUGGUAUCCAGAUAGCAACUGAUCCGAUACAUUGGCCUCGUGAUUUGAAGCAAAGUGAUAGAGAUGAUAUCGUGAUGAAAGGCCCUCCAGCUCUUCCAACCAACUUUCCGCGAGAUAGCAAGAAGAGAGAAUUCCCGAAGAAUAUUCUUUUUCAGAAACUACCUAACGGCGAAAGCGUUCCAAGAGAUUUUUUGGUUUGGAGUUCCUCAUCAGCCGCACUUUUGUGCUUCCCUUGUUCGGUUUUCGGCAAACAAGGAGCAGCUUCAGAGAGUUCUCUCCUUUUCCGUUGGAACGGUGGCAUCAAAGAUAACUGGAGAAAACUGUAUGAUCGCGUCUCUUCUCAUCAGGGCAGCCAAAUACAUCAGAAGUAUUACCUCGAUUGGAAAACUUGUCUUGCAAGUCUCGCAGACCACACAGGGAUUGAUUCGAGUUUGCAAAAAGCAAUUACUGCUGAAGUAGCUAAAUGGCGUGAAAUUCUCCGAGGGAUUUUAGACGUAACACUGUUUUUAGCUUCACGCAACUUAGCAUUCAGAGGCCAAAGCAGUUCCGUGAUUGACGAGCAAGGAAACGGCAACUUUAUCGGAGCGCUUCAAAUGAUUUCAAAGCACAACCAUGUUAUUAAACACCAUCUCGAAAACGUUGCUCGUCAUCAGCAGGAGGGUUCGAGAAUGCAGGCUCAUUACCUCUCUUGGCAAUCUCAGAACGAGUUUAUAAAAGAGUGCGCCUCUAUCGUCAAAGAAUCCGUCUUGAAAGAAAUCAAAGCAUCCAUCUACUACACGAUCAUCACUGACGGGACGCCGGAUGAAUCCCACACUGAGCAAAUCACUUUUGUCCUUCGCUUUGUUUUCUUCAAAACGGAUGAGAAGAAGUGGGAAAUAAGGGAGCGUUUUCUAGGAGUCGAAGAUAUGGAGAAAAAGAAGGGUGUCGACAUUGCUAAUCUGAUUUUUGACGUCCUUGCCAGAGAGAAGAUAGAUCUGCAAAACUGCAGAGGACAAGGCUAUGACAAUGGCUCUAAUAUGGCAGCUGAAUCAUCCGCAGAAAUGAAGACUUUCUUCGGAAAUAUUCAAGCGCUUUACGUGUUCUUCAGUUGCAGUCCUGCUAGAUGGAAAAUAUUGCUAGAAUCAACCGGAAUAUCCCUUCACAAGCUAUCUGACACUAGAUGGUCAGCGCGCAUCGACGCAGUCAAACCCUUGGCUAAGAGACCGCGAGAAAUCAUCACGGCACUUGACUAUUGUGUCGAUAAACUGGACCUCACUGGCGAAAUGGUCAAUCAAGCCAAAUCCUUAAAGAAAUGGUUAAAAUCUUUUGAUACGGUGGUCCUUCUUACUGUAUGGCUCAAGACGCUUCAAGCGGUGGACGACGUCAGUCGUCUCUUGCAAUCUAAUUCAAUUGCAAUUGACGACGAAAUUAUCCUCAUCAAUCAGCUAUUAGAUGAUUUGGGCCGCAUUCGUUCGUCAUGGAACGAACUUUUGUCAGAAGCAAAAUUGGUGGCCGAAUCUCUCGGUUUUGAAAAGGACUUUGAAGUCAAACGAACAAGGAAAACAAAAAGGCACCAUGAUGAACCUCCGAAUAUAGCCUACUUCCACGACAGCGCACAGAAGAAGUUCGAGGUGAGUGUUUUCAACGUUGGAUUGGAUCAUCUUAUACAACAAAUCCGAUCAAGAUUCGAAGUCGUUAAAGAGGUUUAUGCUAGAUUUGAUUUCAUAUGGUCAUUGACUGAUGAUAUUGUUGCUCAAGAACGAAAAGCCCGUGAGCUUGCCAAGUUCUACUCUACCGACGUGAAUGAAGAAGAUCUUGUGGCAGAAAUUCGUCACUUUGAUCGCGUGAAAGGGGCCCUGUUUAAUCCUGGUAACUCAUUGAAACUCCUCAAUCAGAUCUUUUCUAAGGGGCUAGAACCCAUGUUUCCAUCGAUCUGCAUCCUUCUGCGGAUUUUCAAUACGAUGUCAGUCUCUGUCGCCGAGGGAGAAAGGUCAUUCAGCAAAAUGAAAAUCAUCAAGAACUAUUUUAGAGCGACCAUGGGACAGGAAAGGCUUUCGAGCCUUAUGAUGUUAUCUAUUGAAAACGAGUUGGCCAGAUCCGUGUCGUACGAAGAAGUAAUUUCAAAUUUCGCGUCGAGGAAAGCUCGCAAAAUAUGCCUUGCAUAA